UUGUGUGUCGGAAUUACAUUUUUUAGCAUUACAAUUUAUAAAUUAGAUUUAAGUCGCUGUAGAGCGGUGCUUACAUAGGGUAUUGUUUUUUCUUCCUAUUUAUGUCCUGAAAACCUGAUCGCAAAAACAGGACAGUUCGUGCGGAGGAGUUGUGAGUUCAGAGUCGAGUGAUGAAAAGUCGAGUUGAGAUAGUCGUGAGUGAAGAGUCAAGUUGUGAGUUGACAGUCGAGUGAUGAGGAGUCGAGUUGUGAGAGUCGUGAGUGGUGAGUCAAGUUAUGAGGAGUUGUAAACUAUUAGUUGUGAGUUGUAAAUUAUUUAUUUAGUUGCCUUAGUUAUAGCACAUUACUAUAUUUACUUCACGUUAAAGAACCAUCAUUUCCAGUUUAAUUCAUUCUAAAUAAAUCUGUCUGUCCAGGAUUUUGAGUGACCGUCCGUAUAUGACAGUAAUUAUCUCUUCUUUGGAAUUUGAAAUUGCGAAUUAUAACUAUCCUCCCCGAGUUGUAAAUCUGAGAAUUUAAAGGUCGGCAGAAAUGCCCAGUCAGGUAGGGACGAUGGACGGACGAGACCCAACGGCUGGUGGGGAUGAGGGGCGGAUGGACCCAACGGCUGGUGGGGAGCAUUAGCGACAUACUAAGGCAGUCACCAACAGACCGCCGUAUUGUGCGUGUGUGAUAUUUUAGUCUCAACGAGAUCUUACAAGCGUCGUGUUCAGAUUUGAUCGUAUUCAACAAGUGCAAAUAAAGUGCCAAAUUACACUGACGCUCGAUCUAUUAAAUCUCCUCUACGUUGAACGUUAAGUCAUUCAAGAUACGUGAUAUCAACCGAAAAUAAAAGUUUUAUUGUUGCAUUGUUAUUUCAUCGAAUCGAGUAAUAUUGCCUGCCACUAUCUGUGUAUAUCGAUAGCAGAUUUUCAAUAUAGUUACAUAAAAAUGUGUUUCAUGGUUCAGCACUUGGCCGUAUGGUGCAGCAUUAAUCCUGAAACAACCAAAACCACACCGUUAGCACUCUCAUUCCCUAUCUAUCAUAGCUUGUAAACAAGAAAUAAAAGCAGAUACAAAAAAUGGACGCACGGAGAAGGGAUAGAGAGCAAAUUGGGUUAUGUGGAGUCGAUAGAAUUUGGGGAAAAUCACCAACACGAAUCGAAGAUUCUGACGAAGAUGAAGAGACUAACAAGUACAAAGACAGUAUUAUACCAAAAGAUAGAAAAAGGAAACAUGAGAUGAAAAAGAAGAAAAGUAAAAAACUAAAGAAAGAAAAAAAAGCUAAGAAAGACAAAAAGAAGAAACGGAAAAAGAAAAGGUCAGAUAGUAGCUCUGACAGCGAACCUGAAGAAUUAGAAUGGGUGGAAAAGAAUGGAAUUAAUGAUAAAGCGAAGGUUAAAAAGGGAUCAAGUUCAGAUGAGAGUGGUGAUGAAGUAGUGGGACCAGUUCAAAAGCCACAUGUUACAUUAUCUGCUAAAGAUUUUGGCAAGGCUCUUUUACCUGGUGAAGGUGCUGCUAUGGCUGCAUACGUUGCAGAAGGAAAACGUAUACCUAGAAGAGGUGAAAUUGGUUUGACUUCAGAAGAGAUAGCCGCAUAUGAAUCUGUUGGUUAUGUUAUGAGUGGUAGCAGACAUCGGCGGAUGGAAGCUGUUCGUAUCCGUAAGGAAAACCAAAUUUAUUCUGCUGAUGAGAAACGAGCAUUGGCUAUGUUCAGUAAAGAAGAACGACAGAAAAGAGAAAAUCUUAUUUUGGGGCAAUUCAGAGAAAUGGUUAAUCAGAAAUUAGCUCAAGAACAAAAAAAAAAGUAAUGUAAUUAUUUGAUAUAUAAUCUUCGUCUUAUUUAACAUAAGAAGAAGUUAUGUAUGAAAGAAGUGUAUAUAAGAAUUGAAUACAUUGUAAAAUAUUAUUUAUAUGUAUGUAGAUACAUGCAUAUAUGGAAAUAGAUGUAAAUAUAUUAUCUUAAUUGACUAUAUAUCAUAAGAUAUUAUUUAUCAAUGAGAAUUAGCUUAAUAAAUUUCCAUUCUAAACAUUUAAUAAGUUUAUUUAUGUAAGUUAGGAAAUUAUAUAUAGGUGUUUACUAAUAUUUAUAAAUAAAUAUAUCUACUCAUGUAAAAAUAAUUAUAACAAUAGCUUAUACUUUCUGUUUGCUUUCCCAAUCUAGCCAUCCUCCAACAUAAUUGUAUGCACUAAAAUAUAAAUAAAUAGGUUUAAUUAAUACAUCUGUAAAACAUGUGUAGAUAUAUUUUUAUAAUAUAAUAUACUUUUCAUAUCCAAGCUUUUGAAUUUCUUCUUGAACCAUGCCACUUCUUUUCCCAGAUCUACAACUUAAUAUGAUCUUCGUAUUUUUGGUAGGUUUUUCUUUCUUAAAUCUUUCUUUAAAAUCUUUCUCAGAAAAGCUCAACAAUGUAUUUGCAACAUCUCCCACUAUAAUAAUAAAAUUCAAUGAUAACUACCUAAUAUUUUAAAGCAUGAUUUUGACGAUAUUAGAACAUACUUGGUAUAUGAAUACUUCCAGGUAGCUUUCCAGUUUCAUCAAUUUCUUCCUUUUCCCUGACAUCGAUGAUUAAAACACUACUAUCAUUUUGAGCUUUUAGAAUCUCAUUAUAAUCAACGUUAAGGCAAAUUUUAUCACCUCCAGACAUGGUUUUAACAUCUGUAUUGUGAAGUAUU